AAGAAGUCACGCUCAGCGCAGUGUGAGAGCAAGAGCAAAAAUUGGCUGCACCUGCAGCCUAAGCCUUCAUAAUUGAAAUUUUUACGAGUCGACUCUUGAAAUUAAAGAUGUUGCGUCUGCGUCCGUUCUCAAUGUUGGCCGCUCUCCGUGGUCUCUAUUUUGUUGUUGCUUGCCUCACCUGUGUACAACUAUCGAGCAGCUUUCGCUCGGUAAGCGGAGGCGCGCUUCGGAGGCAGGGAUUGGAGGAAUUGAAGAGACGGAACCGCCUCAUGGCAGCCACAAGUCUGCGCAUGGACAUUCCAGUUGGGCAUAGAAUAAUGCUGCCAGAAAUACAGGACGAGGCAUCUGCAAAGGGCGAAAUUUACAACGAGGAGGAUAGGAAGACAGAAUCUGCGUUACCAGAAACAGAAACUGCACGACCAGAAGUUACACAGCGAGAGCGGGCCGAGGACGAAGCCCUCAUGCAGAAAAACACCACAAUAACCACCGCAUCGGGGUCACUUGAUGAAGUCACGUUGUUUUUCGAGGAGCACGAGAGCUGGACCAAUGAGGACGUCGCGGACCCGUUCUUUUUCGACCACCCCUGGGGCUUCUGCCGCGACGACCGGGCCCACCGACAGAAAUUGAAAGCGGUGAAAGAGUUCCGGAGGAUGGACGAACUGGUGGAGGCGCUGAACCACAAGGAGAUCGCCAAUCGUCGGGACGGGUGCGCGAUGGAGAGCCUGUUUACCGAGGAGAAAAACAUCCCCGACGCCGUGAAAAACUGCGUCGCGGAGAAGGGGGGCAUGCCGCAUCCGAGCAAAUUGGUCAACGCACGGGGGAAACGGGCCUCAGGAGGCGCGGCUGAUUUUGUUCUUCGGGAUGCAGCUUCUCUUGGCGGAGAAAAAAGUAAACGUAAAGAAGGGGUCAGUACUGCUAGCGCCACAAGUUCUAGAAGUAGUACCUCCUCGGAAGUUCUUCCUGCAGAUCUUGAUGAACCACACGCACUGCGACUGCCCUCCGCUUCCGGAGGUGAAGGUGCACUGGAAGAUACUAAACAGGAAAGAGGAGAAAUUGAGAACCCCUCGACAUCCGCUAGUAAAACGACCGCAGCAGAGACCGCAGAGGACGGUGAAGACACAAAGAAAAAGGUCCUUCUCAUCAUUCUCGAUAUGCUCAGCUUUCGUGAAGUGCUUCGCAGCCUGCCGAAGACGAUGCUGUACCUGUCGCAGUACUUGAAUGCUACAAUUUUCGACAACUUCAACGUCGUCGGGCCGAUAUGGACAGGAAAUUCAUUAUGCCGUAAUAGUUGUACACAGUUUCAAUUUAUUCUUAUUGUACUUACAAAUGCACUACCUUCGAGGUUUUUGUAGUAGCGUACACCAAAUGCCAACAUGCUCUCCCUCAUUCAUUGGGGGAUGUUGAAAUGUGUACGAUGCAUUUUGUGUGUACGGCAAAAAAUUUGUAUUCUUGCAUAGCCGAAUUCUCCGCUGAAUCAGUAUCCCAUGGCGCACGGCGAACCCUUCCCCGCCCGCCCCGGCGUGAAUAUUACUAUCCUGAGUAAAAACGUCCCCAUACCAGAGUCAACGUGGAAAAUCUGCUAGACAAAUCGGCCAACUUUGGUGGUCUCGCAUGACAAGUUUGUCCUCGUAGUGUAGUCCUGUUUAGCUAGUUCAGCAGCAUCACAGAUCUAGCAUAUCAUGCUAUUUCUAGCAUCACAAAUCCCAAAACGCGACUAGAAAAAGCUUCUCAUGGGGCUUCGCAUGAGAAACUUUUUUGGCAUGCAAAUUUGCAUGACAACUCUGGGGUGGGGAUGUUUUUACUCGGAAUAAUUACCGGGCAGAAGUUUUGGCGUAUGGGAUUCUCAAGCGUUACACUCUCAACUGUUACACGAUUUGCCAUGCAAAAUUGCUACCAGCUGCCACACGAUCAAGCUACUUCGCAUGACAAAUCCCCCAAGUGCUAAACAGGCUGAUAAUCUGCGCCAUAUUUGUGAUGCGAGAGCUGCAAGCUACCCGAUUUAACCUUUGCUGUUCGUGCAUCACAAACUCAUGUAACAGUUGAGAGUGUGACGGUUGAGAACUCUAUAUGGCGCGACCGCGACGUGUGGACGGACAAGGAGAAGCACAUCCUGAGCGUCGCGCAGCAGGAGGGCUUUCGCACCUUCGCCGGCUGCGACUGCAGCCUGCACACGCGGUUCCAGAAGUGCUACUGCCUCAGCUACUGGAUGCAUUUCGCCGAGCUGCAGAGCCAGUACGCCGCGCGCACGUGGUCGCCGGUGAAAGGGUGGUGCAGCACGGGGCGGGCCACGCAAGUGUUGUCUCCGGCCUUCAACGCGACGCUGCAAAACGGCACGGCGGUGCGGUUGCGCAGUUUCAAGCGCUGGGGCCACGGGCAGCGUCCGGACGCGGACAAGCUGGGGCUGAAGCCCGGGGAGAAGGUCCAAGGUGCGCCAGAGGGUCGGCAAUUCCUCAGCAGCAGUACGGAGUUGCGAAUAAGGAGGACUGAUGGAGCAGAGAUCAGAACUGGCACAAGUAGCUCAGCAGCUAUUGUGGAAAACAAAGGCCGAGGGGAAGAUGUUGACCACGGGAACGAUGGUACUGCAGCGACACUUGCUCCGUCGGAAAUCUUCGAAGCAGAGUCAAGCAGUGCAAGUGUAAUAACCUCCUCCGGGAUUCAAGUUCAACAUCUCCCCGCAACAUCCAAACCGGCCAACACCAUCGUGAACGCGUGGAGCGACCAGGAGAAGGAGGGCGAGCAGCUCGCCAAGCAGCUGGACGCCGGCGUGGUUCCGGAAGGUUUGGAAUGUCGCACCGAAAACGGGUACAGCGUUUGUUUUGAUCGCGUGACGGGCGAGCGCCUGAUCCAUGUCGCGCCGAUGGAAACGGGCGCGAGCUACUACUUUGGCGGCGGCCAAGAAAACGUGCAGGAGUCGCUGGGCCUGAAAACCCUUCUGAAAGAAAAAGAAAUCGCUGAAACCGACAGCACCGUGCGGCCCGGAACAAUAAUAGCUGGAGCGACUACAGGUGGAGUUGUAGAUCCACCGGACGACGACGGAAAAGGAACUACAGCUGGAUCUACUUCGUCUUCUUUUGGCAAAAAUACAAAAGGCGUUGGAAAACAAGGACGGCGCACCGGGCCGUCUUCCACGAUCCAAGACCCUUCGAUAGAGCUGGAGUCGGAGCAUCAAGUUUCCAAGCUGUUACUUGAAGACCUCCUGGAUUUCUACGACGUCUUCAAGGACGAAAAGGCCUUUGCCGUGGCCUAUUUCGACGAGGGACACACCAUGCUGCACCCGAAGUACCGCCCCGGCGCCCCCGUGGUGAACAACAUGGAUACGUUUUUUCGCGAUUUUUUCCGCGAGCUCUUCCUGCGCCACCCAAACUUGUCCCUGAUCCUGUGCUCCGACCACGGCCGCAUCCCCCCGGUGUCGCCGUUUUUGGAACUCCAGGCCUUUCACCACCGCAAUCCACCCCUGGUGGUCAAGCUCGGGAAGGACCAGAAAAUUGGUGCUAGUGCUCCCAGCACGACCCCUCCUGCAGCUGGUUCAACAGCACCAAAUGGCGUCGAAGUCGUUCCUCAACAUCUGGGCGCUGUUUUAGAGCAAAACUUGGCCACCUACGCGGCGGAGAAACCUCUGUCGCCCCACCAUAUUUACGACGUUUUGUAUUCCGUCAUAACGUCAGGCAAAAAGUCGCCCGGCGCAGCGGCAAGCGCCACAGGAGCAGUAGAAACUACUAUAACUCCUAAAGUAGAACAAAGAUACCAGUACCUCACCGCGGACAACCAGGUCCCGACCGAGUGGAGCUUCGAGAGCAUUCUGCACUUCGAGUGGCCCGCGAAGCUGCAGCGCGAGUUCUGCACCGCGAUCGCGGACAAGAUUACGCAGUAUCGAGGCGGGUACCACGCCUACAAACGCCGGCAGGUCCAGAUCGGGGACAUGCCGCGGUCCGUGUAUGAAAUGCAAAAGUUUAUUACCGUACUAGUUAGUGGCAACCGCAUGACAAACUUCUUCAGCAUGAGAUUGAGAAACAGGAUUUGUGAUGCGGAUGCACCUCAAGAAGGGGAUUUAUAAUGCAUGACUGCGAUAAUUACUACGAGUGCGAUAGUACUUCUUGAGUGGAUACCUUGCUGCGCACCCUGAAACCGGAGGACGACGUGGAGAACGUCGACGAAAUAUGCGUAUGACAGUGCACAACUCCCCCUUCCCCUCAUUUGUAUUGCAUGAACAGCAAUACAGGCGCCAGCGACCCUGGAGCCUGUGCAUGACAAAUCUAUGCACUUGCUGUAGUACUGUUUGGGCUCCUUUCGAAAUUUAUUCAGUCAUGCAAACAGUGCCACGAGGCAGUGAGGACUGGAUUUGGGAUUUUGCAUGACACAUGAGGUGGGGGCGGGAAUUGUGCACUGUCAUACUGCGACCUCCCCUUCCACGAAUCCCCCUGUCGUGUGGUCCAGUCCAGCUCGGCCCUGAUCCGCCCGAGCGAAACAAGGGAUAACAACAACCGACAGAAGGUGCUGGACUCUGCAACCGUGAACGUGAUCGUGGAAUUCGCGCAGGAGCACUUGGUCUACUCUUCCAUGGAGGGGCUCGAACAUGAUCAAAGUUCAAAAAAUCCCAAACCCGAACAGGCGGUCAACGGCAAGUUCCAGUAUAGUGCGGUGAUUCUGCUAGACUCCGGGCGCGUGGACGUGCGACACUUGGCGGAGAUCACGGUGUACGGGCACUACACAAAGUGCAUCACCAAGUUCAUGGACGAGGCCAGUAUGAAGAGGAAAGGACUGUCCCCACAGUGGUGCAAGUGCAUGAGAAUAUUGUUCAAUCAGGAACCAACCGUGCAGCCGGGGUUUCUGUAGAGAUACCUUUUGACAUUGCAACAACACAUGGUGCAACAAUAACACUAU